AUGACAAGACUUACAGUUGAACAAUUUGAAGAACUGCUCAAUUUGAUUAGCCCUGCCUUGAUAAAGAACAGCAUACGAGAAUAUUUGGAUCCUGCAUUUCGUCUAGCAUUUACAGUGUGGAUAUAUUUGAAGAAUCCUUCUCAAGAAGAGUGGAAAAAUAUUGAGAAAGACUUUUAUAAUAGAUGGAAUUUCCCCAACUGUGUCGGGGCUUUGGAUGGAAAGCACAUUCGUGUGCAAUGUCCACCCAACUCUGGUUCAGCGUAUUAUAAUUACAAAGGAUAUUACAGUAUGGUAUUGCUAGCUACAUGUGAUGCAAAUUAUGCUUUCACUUCUGUAGAUAUUGGAGAUUAUGGAUCAUUGUCAGACACAAGUAUUCUCAGUGCAUCGGCAUUUGGACAAGCUCUGGAACGUGAUGAAUUAAAUCUGCCACCCCCAAAAGUGGAGAGUGCUAAGAACUACAUUAGCCCUAAAUCCGGAUAA